UCAGACUCUCUGCCUCUUGGAUCAGAUCUCUCCGCGGGUCGGGUCAAACCUCAAAUCAAAGCUAACAAUCCCCACACAUGGCGGCAGCGACGCGACUCCGCACGCUCCAAUCCCAACCAGAGAACAAAACCUGCGUCGACUGCUCGCAAAAGAAUCCACAAUGGGCCUCAAUCUCCUACGGCAUCUUCAUGUGCCUAGAAUGCUCCGGGAAGCACCGAGGCCUCGGCGUCCACAUCUCAUUCGUCAGAUCCGUCACGAUGGAUUCCUGGUCCGAGAUCCAGAUCAAGAAGAUGGAAUCCGGAGGCAACGAGAAGCUCAACAAGUUUCUCGCUCUCUACGGGAUCUCCAAGGAGACGGAGAUCGUCUCCAAGUAUAACUCCAACGCGGCGUCUGUGUAUCGCGAUCGGAUCCAGGCGUUGGCGGAAGGGAGGCAGUGGAGAGAUCCGGUGGUUGUUAAGGAGGUUGUUAAUAAUAAUAAGAAGAAGCCUCCGUUGGGCCUGGCCCAGGGGAGUGAUGGAGGGUGGGAUGAUUGGGAUAACGAUGAUGCGUUUAAGUCUCCGAGGAGGAAUCAGUCGGCGAGUGAUUUUAGGGGUUAUGGAGGUGGUGGUGGUGGUGGUGGUGGUCCGGCGAAGUCGAAGUCGUCGGAGGAUAUAUACUCGAGGUCGCAGCUUGAGGCGUCUGCUGCGAGUAAGGAGAGUUUUUUCGCGAGGAGGAUGGCGGAGAAUGAGUCUAAGCCUGAGGGGCUUCCUCCUUCGCAGGGAGGGAAGUAUGUUGGGUUUGGAUCGAGUCCUGGUCCGAGUGUGAGGAGUAAUCAACAGAGUGGUGGUGGUGGUGAUGUUUUCUCUGUUGUGUCUGAGGGAUUCGGGAGAUUGUCUCUUGUUGCCGCAUCUGCUGCGAAUGUUGUUCAGUCAGGAACCAUGGAGUUCACUUCAAAGGUCAAAGAAGGUGGCUUAGAUAACACCGUAAGUGAGACUGUUAAUGUUGUUGCGAGUAAGACAACAGAGAUUGGACAGAGGACUUGGGGGAUCAUGAAAGGAGUUAUGGCAAUUGCUUCACAAAAGGUUGAAGAGUUCACUAAGGAAGAAUCAUCAACCUGGAACCAACAGAAUAAGAAUGAGGGCAAUGGUUACUACCAGAACAAAGGAGCAACUAACUCAUCUCUUGGUGGGUCACAAUCAUCAUCAAGUUACCAAAACAACGAUCGUAACUCGAAUUCGUGGGAUGACUGGGGAGAAGAGAACAACACUAUCAAAAAGGAAGCCGCACCAAAAGUGUCACAAUCUUCAUUAAGUGGUCACCAAAACAGUUACCGUAACUCGAACUCUUGGGAUGACUGGGGAGAAGAGAACAAAACGGUCAAAAAGGAAGUAGCACCAAAGGUGUCGACUUCUAAAGAUGAUGAUGAUGAUGGUUGGGCUGGUUGGGAUGAUAACGAUGCUAAAGAUGAUGAUGAUGGUUAUUAUCAGAGUGCUGCAGGGGAUAAGAAAUCUGCAGGCCACAAUGGGAAACCAGACACUGCUUGGACUGGUGGAGGUUUUCUCUAGGGGUGUGCCAGGAUAAAUGGUGAAUGAAAAGUUGUACAAUUAAGGAAAAAGCAAAGACUUAUGGUCGUUGUCUUCUGUCGCAAAGAGAUAGAGCACAAAGUGGUGAUUAUCUUGGUGAUCUCAACCAUUGUAAGCCCAUUGCAUGUCUGUUUUUCUUUUCACAUUAUUGAUUGCUUGGCGUUCAUGAACUAGUGAGCGUCAUGAUUUGCUCAUACAAUAUAGUUUUUUUUUUUAAGCUUCAUUACAUUUGGACAAGCUUUAUAGGGAACUGAUUGUUAAUCGAAUUGGGUUAUUCUUCAGUUCUUUUUUUAUUAUUUUUCUUAUAAAUUUGUAAUGACAUUUUCAACAAUUUUCGUCUAUUAAUCUUAAUUUUUUGCAAGAUA